CUCAGAUAUGAAUAAAAUCCCGAUCUUUUGCAAAAUACAGAUCUGGUACUUGGAACAAUCCACAAUCACUCAAAUUACAAGUUCUGUACAAGAAUGGAGUAAUGCAAGGGGCCAGGGAGCCCUCUCAUUAGACGCGAUUCAGAUGUGUUUGAAGCCCAGCCUGGAGAGGGUUACACAGAAGGAAGGAGCCUAUGUUUCCGAUGAGUUAAAGGCAGCUGCCUUGGUAGAAGAUGACGUAGAGCCGGAGGAACAAGCGGCAGAUGGAGAGCCCUCAGCCAAGUACAUGUGUCCAGAGAAGGAACUCAGCAAGGCCUGCCCUAGCUACCAGAACUCACCGGCCGCUGAGUUCUCCAGCCAUGAAAUGGACAGCGAGUCUCACAUCAGUGAGACGAGUGACCGGAUGGCUGACUUUGAAAGUAGUUCCAUCAAGAAUGAGGAGGAGACCAAGGAGGUCCAGGUGCCCCUGGAGGACACCACCGUGUCCGAUAGCCUGGAGCAGAUGAAGGCCGUGUACAACAACUUCCUGUCCAAUUCCUAUUGGUCCAACCUCAACCUGAACCUGCACCAGCCCUCCUCCGAGAACAAUGGCGGCAGCAGUAGCAGCAGCAGCAGUAGCAGCAGCAGCUGUGGCAGCGGGAGCUUUGACUGGCACCAGAGUGCCAUGGCGAAGACCCUGCAGCAGGUGUCCCAGAACCGAAUGCUGCCAGAGCCCAGCCUGUUCAGCACCGUGCAGCUGUACCGCCAGAGCAGCAAGCUGUACGGCUCCAUUUUCACUGGGGCCAGCAAGUUCCGUUGCAAAGACUGUAGUGCUGCCUAUGACACUCUGGUAGAGCUGACCGUGCACAUGAAUGAGACAGGUCACUAUCGCGAUGACAACCACGAGACCGACAACAACAACCCCAAGCGCUGGUCCAAGCCUCGCAAACGGUCUUUGUUGGAGAUGGAGGGGAAGGAGGAUGCUCAGAAGGUGCUCAAGUGUAUGUACUGUGGCCACUCCUUUGAGUCCCUCCAAGACCUGAGCGUCCAUAUGAUCAAAACUAAACACUACCAAAAAGUGCCUCUCAAGGAACCUGUCACACCCGUUGCAGCCAAAAUCAUCCCUGCUGCUCGGAAGAAACCUUCUCUGGAGCUGGAGCUGCCUAGCUCCCCUGAUUCCACAGGUGGAACCCCCAAAGCCACCCUGUCUGAUGCCAGCGACGCUCUGCAGAAGAACUCCAACCCUUACAUCACGCCAAAUAACCGGUACGGCCACCAGAACGGGGCCAGUUAUGCAUGGCACUUCGAGGCCCGCAAGUCUCAGAUCCUCAAAUGCAUGGAGUGUGGCAGCUCCCAUGACACGCUCCAGGAGCUCACAGCUCACAUGAUGGUCACUGGCCAUUUUAUCAAGGUCACAAACUCGGCCAUGAAGAAGGGGAAGCCCAUCAUGGAGACACCGGUCACGCCCACCAUCACCACCUUGCUGGACGAGAAGGUGCAGUCUGUGCCACUGGCAGCCACCACAUUCACGUCUCCCUCCAAUACGCCCGCGAGUGUCUCCCCGAAGCUGACGGUGGAGAUCAAAAAGGAAGUGGACAAGGAGAAAGCAGUCCCGGAUGAGAAACCCAAGGAGAGAGAGAAGCCCAGUGAAGAGGAGGAAAAGUAUGACAUUUCUUCCAAGUACCACUAUUUGACUGAAAACGACCUAGAAGAGAGCCCUAAAGGCGGACUAGAUAUCCUUAAAUCCCUCGAGAACACAGUGACGUCUGCCAUCAACAAGGCUCAGAAUGGCACUCCCAGCUGGGGCGGCUAUCCCAGCAUCCACGCUGCCUACCAACUCCCCAACAUGAUGAAGUUGUCCCUGGGUUCCUCGGGGAAGAGCACGCCCCUGAAACCCAUGUUUGGCAACAGCGAAAUCGUGUCUCCCACAAAAACCCAGACCCUGGUCUCUCCACCCAGCAGCCAAACCUCUCCCAUGCCCAAGACAAACUUUCACGCCAUGGAGGAACUGGUGAAAAAAGUCACGGAGAAAGUUGCCAAAGUUGAGGAGAAAAUGAAAGAGCCGGAAGGCAAGCUUUCGCCACCCAAGCGGGCCACGCCGUCCCCGUGCAGCAGCGAGCAGAGCGAGCCCAUCAAGAUGGAGGCCUCCUGCGAUGGCGGCUUCAAAAGCCAGGAGAACAGCCCCAGCCCACCAAGAGAUGCGUGCAAGGAGGCGAGCCCCUCCGCAGAGCCCGUGGAGAAUGGCAAGGAACUGGUGAAGCCCCUGAGCGGAGGUCUCAGCGGCAGCACAGCCAUUAUCACGGACCACCCACCAGAACAGCCUUUUGUGAACCCCCUGAGUGCCCUGCAGUCGGUCAUGAACAUCCACCUGGGCAAGGCUGCCAAGCCCUCGCUGCCUGCGCUGGACCCCAUGAGCAUGCUUUUCAAGAUGAGCAACAGUCUGGCCGAGAAGGCAGCUGUGGCCACCCCGCCACCCCUUCAGGCCAAGAAGGCGGAGCAUCUGGACCGCUAUUUCUACCACGUCAACAAUGACCAGCCCAUAGACUUGACAAAAGGGAAGAGCGACAAAGGUUGCUCUUUAGGUUCAGGGCUUUUGUCCCCCACGUCCACAUCCCCGGCAACUUCUUCAUCCACGGUGACAACGGCAAAGACAUCUGCCGUCGUAUCAUUCAUGUCAAACUCGCCGCUGCGUGAGAAUGCCUUGUCAGAUAUAUCCGAUAUGUUGAAGAACUUGACAGAGAGCCACACGUCAAAAUCCUCCACUCCUUCCAGCAUCUCUGAGAAGUCUGACAUUGACGGGGCCACCCUGGAAGAGGCCGAGGAGUCGACUCCGGCGCAGAAGAGGAAAGGCCGCCAGUCAAACUGGAAUCCUCAGCACCUGCUAAUCCUGCAGGCGCAGUUUGCAGCCAGCCUACGGCAGACUUCAGAAGGGAAGUACAUCAUGUCUGAUCUGAGCCCCCAGGAGCGCAUGCACAUCUCCAGGUUCACCGGCCUCUCCAUGACCACCAUCAGCCAUUGGCUGGCCAAUGUGAAGUACCAACUUCGAAGGACAGGUGGAACAAAGUUCCUCAAAAACUUGGACACUGGACACCCAGUGUUCUUUUGUAACGACUGUGCGUCACAAAUCAGGACUCCUUCCACGUACAUCAGCCACCUAGAGUCACAUCUGGGCUUCCGGCUACGGGACUUAUCAAAAUUGUCCACCGAACAGAUUAACAAUCAAAUAGCACAAACCAAGUCGCCGUCUGAAAAACUGGUGACAUCCUCCCCGGAGGAGGAUCUGGGGACCACCUACCAGUGCAAACUUUGUAAUCGGACCUUUGCGAGCAAGCAUGCUGUUAAACUUCACCUUAGCAAAACCCACGGGAAAUCACCGGAAGACCACCUCCUGUUCGUUUCUGAACUGGAGAAACAGUAGCGUUUGCUCCAGAGCGGAAAUGACUGGAGGAGAAAAUGCUGAAGGCACCUUAAAGCCCCUCUGUCUUGUUCUUGGCACACGUUCUUAUGUUCACUGCAGAGGAUUGUUCUGGGCUGGACUGUUCGGUCUAACUGUACAGUGUUUAAUAGAGAGGUGCAUAUAAUCAGCUGUUGUUACUGGUAAAAUAACGAAGGUUAAAACGCAGUGCUAAGUGUUUGGAACUUUGUGUAAAUGGGAUUUAAUUGUGAGCAUCCCCUCGAUGCUUCAAGCUGCAUGCAUUAACAGACGGUUUAAUUAAGCAUUUAUAAGGAAACCAGGCACACUUUUUCCAUGAGACUUGGGUGUGCUGGCAUUUCCCACCCUUUCAUCUUUAGCCCUCUGAGUACUACGAAGCACUUUUGCAUUAAUUUGGUUAAUAAAAAAAAAGAUAAUAAUAAAACAAAAUAAUAAUGAAUAAUAAUAAUGUAUGAAACUCUGUUUUUAAACUCGUUACCAGCUUAGUUAUAAGGAAUAUUAGGAACCUCCAUUUAUGCAGGGGUAUGACACGCCUUGAAAUUUAAAAGAAUAUUAUUUUCACAUUGAAACAUAGAUGUAUAUAUUGUAUAGAUUUCAAACUCUUAUGGGAAAAUGUGACUGGUUAAAUGACCCUUUCUUUCUUGCAUUUAUAACAAGUGUUUUAUGUAUCUGCUAUACUCUGGGCACAAGCCAUGCCUCUGUAUAGUGUAUAUUUCCUUAUCUUUUUCUUUUUUUUUAAGGUUUGUGUUUUUUUUUACAUGCAAACAUUGUAAAUUAUACAGAAAAUACCACAGAUAGCAUUUAUAAAAUAUACAGAAGCAUUAUCUCAAAGCAAGGUAUGAUGUUUGUUUUGCUAUACGGCACAUCUAUAUUGAUAGAGGGUUCAUGUUUAAAUUAUACAUAUUUAUUAGCAUUCUAUUAUCAUUUGUUUUGAGGCCAGGAAAUCCAUCCCUGGCAGGCAUCAUAACUAUUUUGCACAUGGUUCUUAAAGGUAUUUAUUAGAAAUUAAAGGAUGCUCAAAGUAAACUCAGUGCUCAAAGGGUUAAGUCUAUUCGAAAAGGAAAAAAAAAGAUUAAAAAAAAAAAACCCAACUUGUACUGUAUUUCCUGAACAUUGAUAAAGCCUUUAAAAUGUUUGUACUGUAAUCCUUUGCUUAAAAGUCAAGAGGCGUUCUGUGGGACAGCCCCCUUCACUUAUUUAUAAGCCCUCUCGGUUGCUAGUUCAUAAUGUGGGAUUUUUUUUCCUUUCUCUUUUUUCUUUUCUUUUUUCUUUCUUUCUUUUUUUCUUUUUAAAUUUCAAUCGGUAACUUUGUUUUGUUCCUCCUAAUUAUUCUCCCAAGAUCCCACACUGCAGUUUUAUCUUUAGGCUUAUGAAAGGUAACCCGUGGUUACCGGCUCUCCAAGCCAUUCUGGUCUCCAUUUCUGGCAGUUAAUUUGCAGAAAUAACUGACAGCUGACACCAUAUGAGAACCUAUGUAUAAAAUAUUGGCAUGUAAACACCACAGACACAGUGACACACUCUGUGCCCUGUUUUGUUGUUGACGAUGGCACACCAUGAUGUGACUCUUCAUAUAACCCUUUUUUUCUACGGCAGCAUUAAAAUUGUCUUUUUGCUAUAAUUUUGUGUUGCGUUCACAAUUAUGUCUGAGAUGUGCUACGACUAACGAGCACAUUAAAAUUAAAUUGU